UUUGGGUGUUUUAUUUAAUUUUUUUUAAAAUCACAUUACUUUUCUAAUCCACUUUAUAAAUAAUAUGUGAAAUUGAGCAUGAAGUGAUGGUCUUACUGGAUUGAAAGUCUUGGGCUUGCUUGGUUUACGAUUUUAUUUCUUCUAUUUGAGCAAGUAAAUAACUUUAAUACACAAAAAUAUUUCAAGUUUUCAGAUGGUAAGAAACGCUCUGGAAUAUGGCUUUUGGAGCUCACUGUGGAUUAAGAUGUCUUUUGUUCACUGCUGUUUAGAUUCCUUUUGCUUGAGGGGGGCAGAAACAGUAAACUGUCUGGAAUCCAGCUUUCAAACUUACACGAGAAGAUUAUUCUGGUUAAGAAGCUAGGUUGUGUAAUUAAUUCCACUGUGAAACUUUAUUCUUCAAAACAUUCGGCAAGCAUUACUGAAAGCAGCAUACAGCUGUAGUGCUUUUGAAACCGGAGGGUUUUUGUUGUUGGGUUUUUUUUUUGUUUUGUUUUGUUUUUUGUUUUUUAAGAAGGAAGGAAGAAAGAAAGAGAACUUUUGUUCCUAGGAGAAUAGUUUGACCAGUUUCCUCAUUUCUCUUUUAAAUAUAUAUUUAAGAGAUCUUUUAUUUCAACAUAACAAUAAUUAUUUGCAGGAGUUUUUGUGUUAGCGACUAAUUUAGAACUUGUAGAUGUGAGCUGCCUGAAUUGGCCAGACAGCUGUAAUCGCACUCCUCUAUUCUUAAUCUCUUUAUCUGGGCAGCAGCUGCCAUAUGGCCACAGUCAGCUGGAUCAGAUGUUUAUAAGCUUCCUUCUUCGUCCCUCUGUCCUCUCAGCCUCCUAAUUUGAUCACGGCUACCUUGUGAGCUGCCCUCCAAUCUUUAUUUUUAGCCCUCUCAAGGAUUAGGAUUGAUGUUAGCUGUAGGGCACUUAAAGUGAUUGUAUUGUAAAUCUUGGUUUAUUCUAUUGGUGGUGUCUUUCUUUCAGAAGGUAUCGGGGUUAGGAUGAAAGUUUCACUGUGUCUCAGCAUAGUGUGGAGGAGAGAAGUAGUUUCUGAAUAGUAGCUUCAUAUCCAUCCAAGAUGCACUUGCAGAGGUAGAUGUUGGCGAGCUCUGCCUUUGGUCCCAGGAUGGGGAAGUGGGCUCCGCUGAUCUUAAGAGAGUUUUAGCCACUACAGAUGAAUUUUGACUGAUCUUUGCCUUCCCUUCUUUCACCCUCUCCCUUGCCAAAAAACAUGGGAAAGAUGCAUAAUUGGAAGAAUAGAAGGUACUGGGAAAACAAAAUAGAUCAGGUUAUUAUUGAAACAAAGUAUUUUCUGUUGGAUACCUGAGGCAGAGCCAGAAAAAAAAGUUUUAUUUAUUUUAUUUUUUCUAGGAAGGCUUUAAAAAAUAUUUAACUUACAAAGUUUUUGCACCUCAUUUUACAGUGGUAAAAGUUUGAUUAAUUUUAAUAUGAAGUUCCUUUUGCCCUAUAGCAGAUCAAAGUUCAGAUGAAAAUGUUCAGAGUUAACAGACUCUCUGGUUGCUAAUGUUGUUGAGGUAGAGGAUCUACAAAGAAACAGGACCCCCCCCCCAUUCAUUUUUAAAAUGUUUGGAUUUGUUCAUAGUAAAGAUGAUCUUUCCCAUCUGUCGGUACAGUUCUGCUCCUCUGUGUGUGUAGUACCUGCAGAUCUUACCGCACCAACAUCUGUUCUUAUACACAGGGCUUUUGUUGUUGUAACACUCUGACUUUAAAAGUUAUGAAGACAGUAUGGAGUUUCCAGACCACAGCAGACAUUUGCUGCAGUGUCUGAGCGAGCAGAGGCACCAGGGCUUUCUUUGUGACUGCACUGUUCUGGUGGGAGAUGCCCAGUUCCGGGCACACCGAGCUGUUCUGGCUUCAUGCAGCAUGUAUUUCCACCUCUUUUACAAGGACCAGCUGGACAAAAGAGACAUUGUUCAUCUGAACAGCGACAUUGUGACAGCCCCCGCUUUCGCUCUCCUGCUUGAAUUCAUGUACGAAGGGAAACUCCAGUUCAAAGACUUGCCCAUUGAGGACGUGCUAGCAGCUGCCAGUUAUCUCCACAUGUAUGACAUUGUCAAAGUCUGCAAAAAGAAGCUGAAAGAGAAAGCUACCACAGAGGCGGACAGCACCAAAAAAGAAGAAGAUGCUUCAAGUUGUUCGGAUAAAGUCGAGAGCCUCUCAGACGGCAGCAGCCACAUGGCAGGUGACCUGCCCAGUGAUGAAGAUGAAGGCGAAGAUGACAAAUUGAACAUUCUACCCAGCAAAAGGGACUUGGCAGCUGAGCCUGGGAACAUGUGGAUGCGAUUGCCCUCAGACUCAGCAGGCAUCCCCCAGGCUGGCGGAGAGGCCGAGCCACACGCCACAGCAGCUGGAAAAACAGUAGCCAGCCCCUGCAGCUCAACAGAGUCUUUGUCCCAGAGGUCUGUCACCUCCGUGAGGGAUUCGGCAGAUGUUGACUGUGUGCUGGACCUGUCUGUCAAGUCCAGCCUUUCAGGAGUUGAAAAUCUGAACAGCUCUUAUUUCUCUUCACAGGACGUGCUGAGAAGCAACCUGGUGCAGGUGAAGGUGGAGAAAGAGGCGUCCUGUGAUGAGAGUGAUGUUGGCACUAAUGACUAUGACAUGGAACAUAGCACUGUGAAAGAGAGUGUGAGCACUAACAACAGGGUACAGUAUGAGCCAGCCCACCUGGCUCCUCUGAGGGAGGACUCGGUCUUAAGGGAACUGGAUCGGGAGGACAAAGCCAGCGAUGAUGAGAUGAUGACCCCAGAGAGCGAGCGGGUCCAGGUGGAAGGGGGCAUGGAGAACAGUCUGCUUCCCUACGUCUCCAAUAUCCUGAGCCCCGCAGGCCAGAUCUUCAUGUGCCCCCUGUGCAACAAAGUCUUCCCCAGCCCCCACAUCCUGCAGAUCCACCUGAGCACGCACUUCCGAGAGCAGGAUGGCAUCCGUAGCAAGCCUGCCGCCGAUGUCAAUGUGCCCACGUGCUCCCUGUGUGGGAAGACUUUCUCCUGCAUGUACACCCUCAAGCGCCACGAGAGGACUCACUCGGGGGAGAAGCCCUACACGUGCACCCAAUGCGGCAAGAGUUUCCAGUACUCGCACAACCUGAGCCGUCAUGCCGUGGUGCACACCCGCGAGAAGCCCCAUGCCUGCAAGUGGUGCGAGCGCAGGUUCACGCAGUCCGGAGACCUGUACAGACACAUCCGCAAGUUCCACUGUGAGUUGGUGAACUCCUUGUCGGUCAAAAGUGAAGCGCUGAGCUUGCCCACUGUCAGAGACUGGACCUUAGAAGAUAGCUCUCAAGAACUUUGGAAAUAAUUUUAUAUAUAUAUAUAUAUAAAUAAUAUAUAUAUAUAUAUAUACAUAUAUAUACAUAGAUCUCUAUAUAGUUGUGGUACGGUCUAAAAGCAGUCUUGUUUCCUGGAACUGAAAAGUUGGGAUCUUAACUUGUUUUUGCACUUUAGAAUAAUAGCAUGAGAAUCUCACUAAUUUAGCAUUCUGAUAAAAGAAACUAGAGCAAGUCACAAGUAGAGAGCUGUCUUUCUUUUGAGGGUUAGGCCAAGUUAGCCAAUAAAACCUUCUCAACAAAUGGUUCUGUCACAAACGCUUUCACAUGGCUUACUUUUGUACACACUGCAUUGUCUUGAGCGCUUUCCCUGUGCUCCACACUGUUUUGUUUUGUUUUGUUUUCAGAGUAGAAAUCCCCUCCAGUUUAUUAGCCUCUUUAUAUGUCUCAAAUUGCAUGAAUAUUUUCUGGCUGUUGGAAACCUGAAUGCUUUUAGACCCAAAUGGAAAAUUUCUGAAAUGCUGGAUUAUCUAUUUUUAAACAAGCAGUUGACUUAAAACUUUGUGUGGCAACUUCUGGUUUUCUGAUGGUCCCCAGUGAGAGAAAUCUGACAGUACACUGGGUCACUGGGACUGUCUCUGUGAAGGUUUGCUUGAGAUGAAAAAGGAUAUUGCAGCUUCAGCAGUGUUGAACUGUGUGUUUAAAAUGUGAAUUACUGUUCUUGUAUACUGUAAUUGAUUACACGGGCUGGGGGGGGUGUCAAAGAACUUGACAGGUUGUGUUGAUGCUCUUAGUUGAGUCUUGAAAAGUAAAUAUUAACGCUACAGAAAUGCAUGAGUUUCAAUAUAUUUUUUGUCUUUGUUUGCAUUGUAUAACUUUAACGAGUGAGUUUAAAAUUAUUUAAUUUCCUUAGAAAAAUAGCACCAUUUGGGAAAAAAACUGGUGUUACGAAGAACAUAAAUGCACUGUCUUUAUUUUUAUUUUUAUUUUAUAUAAUUUAAAUUGACUUUUCCCACGUCUUUAAGUUUGAAACUGUUAAGCUGAAUAAAAACUUAAGCUGCAAAUUGAUAACUUCGCUACAUUACAAGGAACAUAUAAAUGUUUACAAACGGCUUAAAGAAUUGCAUGUGCAGUGUGCAUUCAUACCACACUUGUAAUUGCACAGAACCCAUGCCAGCUCAGAGUUUAGGUGUACACACGUACCCAGCCGAGUGUUUUUAGAAUAACUACUGCACAAAUUGACAAUAGGUCAUAGGUCAUUCUCUCUCUCCCUCCUUUUUGCUUCCCCUUUCUUUUUCUCCCCUAUUUCCUUUCCUUCCCCCUACCCCCUAACUCAUGAAAAGAUUCUAUGGACUGAAAAAGCCCCAGGCUGAAAGGACUGAACCGCCUUGAUUGACAUGGGGAGGGGGGUUAGUAGACUGUGUAUCGGCAGCAGAGGCUGCAGCCCGAUGUGUGGUUCUGAUGGCCAGCGCGGGGCAGAAGCGUUUUGCACACUGUUUGUUUUCCUGUCUUGCACUUACAAAUAAGGUCUAUGGGAGUAGCAUGGGAAACAGUGGUUGUUUUUCCCUUUUUCUUUUUUAAUUGCUUUUGUUUAAAAUUUGAUCGCCUUAACUACUGUAAACAUAGCCUAUUUUUGUGCUUAAGAUACUGAAUGGAAAACUCCAUUGUGUGUUGCUGGACUGUUUUGGAAAUAUUUGGUCAAAUGUAUGUUAAUUUGGCUGUAAUGGCAUUUAAAGCAAACAAACAAACAAACAAACAAAGCUGUGAAAAUGGCCUUGGAGCAUUAUCUUUAGUUACUUGAAGAGUUUCUAGUUUUUUUUUUUUUAAUACAGUUUAUGUUAAAAUAAUCUUUAUUAAUCUAGAGGAGACAAUCAAUGUCUGUGGAAGAACGGACUUUUUUGGAUUUUCUUUUUUAAUGGUCAUUGUGAGUGAUUGCUCUUUCUUUUACUUAGUUUCACAUUCUUCCUUUGUUCUAAAUCUUAGACUGACAUCUAGCUUUGACAAUCAUAGUAUGUUUUAUUUCCUGAGGGGGAAUAACUUAUAAUGCUGUUUAGUUUUGUACUAUUGGUGUGUUGGUGAAUUUUUAAACUGUGUGCUAACUGCAAUAAAUUAUAUGAACUGAGAA